GGGGCUCCUUUCUCCCCCUCCCCGGCCCCGGCAAUGGUAUGAGCAGCGGGGAGGGCUCUCAGCUGCCGGAUUCAGCGCUGCUGCUAUCAGUGACUUCGCUGCUCCCUAGAGUAGAGGAGAGGCGCUGGCUCGGAGGGGCGGCAGUAGCCAGGGCUGCUACUGCUACUGCUUUUCUGUGUGUGUGCUGGGCUGGUUUUCACUUUUUCCUCCUCCCCUUUCUCGCUCACUUCUUCUUCUUUGACAUUUUUACCUCUGACAUUUUCUUGCUUGGUCAGAGCUGAUUCCAUAAAGGGAUAUUGUGCCUGUUCCUGGACUGGUGACAGGAAGGAUUAACCAACACAGACCCCAAACACCAUUCCCGGUGUUCAAGAUGUCAUUGAAGGUGCAGACAAGCAACAUCACAAACAAGAACGACCCCAAGUCCAUCAACUCCAGAGUCUUCAUUGGGAAUCUCAACACAGCCGUGGUGAAGAAAUCAGAUGUGGAGACCAUUUUCUCCAAGUAUGGCAGAGUGGUGGGCUGCUCCGUUCACAAGGGCUAUGCGUUCGUACAGUACUCGAAUGAGAGGCAUGCACGGGCCGCUGUCCUGGGGGAGAACGGACGAAUACUUGCUGGGCAGACGCUGGAUAUCAACAUGGCAGGAGAACCUAAACCCAACAGACCCAAAGGGCUGAAGAGAGCAACCUCCGCCUUAUAUAGUGGCUACGACUUUGACUAUGACUACUACAGAGAUGACUUCUACGACAGACUUUUUGAGUAUCGAGGCCGGGUCUCUCCUGUCCCCAGGGUGGUUCCUGUGAAGCGUCCCCGGGUGACCAUCCCCUUAGUCCGACGUGUAAAAGCAACGCUCCCUGUCAAACUUUUCGCCAGAUCGGCUGCCAUUGCAAACAGCUCUGCCAAAUUAAAAUUGAAAUGCAAUGAGCUGCAGACAAUUAAAACCGAGCUGACACAGAUCAAAUCCAACAUUGAUGCUCUUUUGGGCAGAUUGGAGCAGAUUGCUGAAGAACAGAAAUCAUCCACAGAGAUACGAAAGAAGGCAGAUGGGAACAAAAGCGAGAUCUCCCAGGACGACACAGCAUCAGAGGCAGAAAUCACCACGGAGGAGCCGCUGAACGGGGAGGAGGGAGAAGAGGAGGGACUCACGCGAGAUGACUGUGAAGACGAACUGCACGUUCAGAGCAGUGAUGAACAUCAGUGUAAGGAGAGCACGAGGUUAUAUCCUGGACUGGCAUGCUGAGCCGGACAAGCAUAAAAUGCAGGGCUGCUGUCAUCUCUGCCUGGCAUUCCAAAGGAGAAACAUGAACUGACAUCUUCAACCCAUCUAUAAAGCAAAAACGAAAACCAGUCAUCCAAGUGGAUCCCUGUUCCUCAGAGACCUGCUGCCGGCCUGGGCAGUGGACAAACACAUGCUCCAUGACCGUCACUGACCACACUCUGGGAUGGAGGUUGUAUUAUAAAAUGAAUCGGGGACAUUUUAGAGCUGUCCUUAGGGGCGGGAAGAGAUAGCUAGUCGUAAUCCAAUAAAGAAUUUAGUUCCUGAGGUAGGAGGGGGCCGGCGUUUUUGUUAAUUGCGGAAAUGAGUAUGUUGGUCUGGACAAUUUGUAGUUUCACACAUAUGAUCCUGUUCAUGAAUGGGGCAGAGGGACCCCUUUCCUCCCCAGACCGAUCACCUCGUUCUGAGUCCUUUUCAUCCCAUGAGCCACCUUGGAUGCACAGUCACCUCCGAGUAUAAGGGAAUCGGUAGCAUGCCUCUUGUCGCACGCUGGGCUCCUUGGACCAGCAUGUCAGCACAAAGAGAGAGAAGGAAGCCAUCGACAGGAAAAUAAGUGGGCCAGAGCAGCAGAAACAAAGCACCUUUAGUCUUCAGAGGUCUGGUUUCUUAGCCAUCUGGCUGACAAUGCGUAACUAAAGGGUAAACAGGCAAACAGUCACUGUGGACUAAGGGGGUGUGGGUGAAAGUGGACCCAGGUGGUUAGCGUGAGACCCUUUUAUUGGACAAUCAAACAGUUCAGACUGAGGGGUGCAAUGCCACCUCUUCCCCUCCGGCCCAGCACCCGCGCAUGGUUCAGCAGGCAACUCAAUCCCCGAUAGCAGCAUGGUCAUGCACAAUCCCUCGCGCCAGCCCCCUUUUGGGCCUUCAAGGUCUGGCUGGGAGGUGGUGCUGGCGGAAUGAGCUGGUCCCUGCACCAGACCCCGCAGGCUGCUCUCCACAUCGCUGUGUAUUGCAAUGGGGCUGGGGGUGCAGUAACUCGCCUGAGCGUAAAAGGCUUGUGAGGGUUAGUGUCCAGCAUGCUGGGCCUGAGGGAAUUAGAGCAUCCGCUUUCCUCCCCACCCCGAAUUCACACUGCCCUUAGCCCACUCACAGCCCAGAAGACAAAGGUCAGCAGCAGACAUGGGUGGUUUCUUCAAAGGAAAGUCUGUAAAAGGACCCCCCACUUUUCCAUCUGUUGCAUGGUCAGAUUCCCUCUUUAUUGGGCCUAUUCUUAGUCUCUGGCUUCACAGGUUGAUGGGGCUGAGACUCAAUCUACACUGCCACACCAACUGGAGGCCCCCCUCACCCUCCCGAGUGCCGCCCAAGUCUUAACAAACUCCAAGAAACAGGAUGACACAAAGAACCACAGAGAGCUGCUCGAACAGUUUCCCAGCGGCCUCCUGGUUUCUGCUCCAGCACUCAAACCCAGGCCUCACACAGAGUCUUUAGGAGGGAGACAGAGUGGAAAGCAAACCAUGGCGCCAUGCUUCCCUCUCUGAAAGAGCCUGGCCUGCUCAUAAGCAUGGCUUUUGAAGCACAAUGUUUUACUUGCAUUUCUUCGUUGGAAAUAAUCAUGAGGGCUAAAAGGGACGAACAUCCUUUUCUUUUCCUUCUCCUCUUCCUUCCAUGUUUCAGUUCCAGUACCAUGUUUGUCCAUUGUGCUGUGCCGAGCCAUUGUAGCAUUGUUGUCUAGGCUUUGAGAGAUGAGCUGCAAUUUUUGCUAUGAACUGACCAUGAUGCUGAUAUGUGGGAAGAAGGUGGCCUUGUAUAUAAAAUCCUGUAUAAUAAAAAAGGGGAAAUUA